AUGGCCGACCUGGGGAAGAAGUACUGCGUAAACUGCCUCGCAGAUGUUACGAAUCUGCGGCUCCGCUGCACCGACUGUCCGGACAUCGAGCUGUGUCCGGAGUGCUUCUCGGCGGGAGCAGAACUCGGGAAUCACCGCCGAUGGCACGGCUACCAGCAGGUCGACGGCGGUCGGUUCUCUCUCUGGGGUCCCGAGGCAGAGGGAGGAUGGACCAGCAGGGAAGAGCAGUCGCUGCUCGAUGCUAUCGAGCAAUACGGAUUUGGAAACUGGGAGGACAUGGCCGCUCAUGUCGGAGCGUCCAGAACUCCUCAGGAAGUCAUGGAACAUUACGUCACCAUGUACAUCCAUGGAAACCUGGGUAAGGCGUGCAUCCCUGACAACAUUCCCAACAGGGUGACGGAUCACACCUGCCCGAGCGGGGGUCCCCUGUCGCCAAGCCUCACCACCCCGCUCCCUCCGCUCGAUAUCAGCCUGGCCGAGCAGCAGCAGCUGGGCUACAUGCCGCUCCGUGACGACUAUGAGAUCGAAUACGACCAGGACGCAGAGAAGCUCAUCAGCGGGCUGUCGGUGAACUACGACGACGAGGACGUGGAGAUUGAAAUGAAACGGGCUCACGUGGACAUGUACGUGCGCAAGCUUCGAGAACGCCAGCGGCGCAAAAACAUAGCCAGAGACUACAACCUGGUGCCCGGGUUCCUGGGGCGGGACAAGAAAGACAAGGAGAAGGAGAAACCGGGAACGCUGGGGGUAACAGGCACCGCUGGUGGUGUGGGUGCAGCAGGAGCUGGCGGCGGCACAGCUGGACCCGGAUCCACGGCUGCAGCAGGAUCAGGUCCUGUACCGAGUACUCCGAAAAGGAAGGUCACCAAAGAAGAGAAGGACCAGCGGGUGAGGCUGAGGGGGCUCUGUCAGUUCAUGGCCCAUCGGGAGUUUGAAGACUUCUUUGAGAACAUGCAUAAAGAGCGGCUGCUGAGGGCAAAAGUGCGCGAGCUGCAGCGCUACCGCCGCAACGGCAUCGCCCGCCUGGAGGAGUCCUCUGAAUACGAAGCAGCGCGCCACAAACGGGAGAAACGUAAAGAGAACAAAAGUGUGGUCACCUCCAAACGUGGCAGCGGAGGAGGAGGAGGAGGCGGUGGGCUGGGAUCAGGGAUUGGUUUGGGAGGAACUGGAGGAGGUGGAGGUGUUGCUGGAGGUAUGGGGGUCGGAGGUGGGAUCAAAGAAGAGGGCAAAGACGGCGAGUUUUCUGCGAUCGAGAACCUGACGGGCUUCGAGCUGCUGUCGGACAGAGAGAAGGUGCUGUGCAACUCCCUGAACCUGAGCCCGGCACGCUACCUGACUGUCAAAACCAUCAUCAUCAAGGAUCACCUGCAGAAGAGGCAGGGCAUCCCAGCCAAGAGCCGGCUGCCCAGCUACCUGGACAAGGUGCUCAAGAAGCGCAUCCUCACCUUCCUCACAGAGAGCGGCUGGAUAUCCAGAGACGCCUCUUAGCCCGACGUCUAAAGGAAGUAAUGGACUGAUGGUUUUCUCUACGCUCCGUAGGGAAAACAAAACUACUGUCGCUCACCAUUUUUCAAAGGUGACCUUGUGAAUAUGUAAAUUACAAAAAAAAGAGGAUGUCCCACUGGAAAAGAUUUUAUUUUCAUACCAGGGCUGGGAACAAAAUGAAGCUUAUAUUUCUACGUUUGGAACGGGGGAUUGGGGGGGAUUCAACGCUUGGGGUCUUCAUGUUGUUAAGACAUGAUUGGUAGCUACGAUGCUUACAGGUGUGUUGUAGCUGUGGAGAUAUUUGAGUGUUAUUGCGUCACGUUUACAGACGAUGCCUAUGGGUGAAAAAACAGCACAGGACUAAAGCCAGAGCGUUAAACUUUCUGAGAAUGUUAUACUUAUAUUUUUAUUGAAUAUUUCACAGAGAGGCACUACUGACUGAGUGACUGAAAUUAUGUGGAGGCUUCAGAUUGUUCUCAGGAUCUUGAAAACUCGACCAAACCGGAUAAAGCUGAACGCUCCCCGUACGACUGAUCAGUUCUGUCUAAUAUUUUACACCCAUAAGAUCCUGAAGAUUGUCUUGCAACGUCGGUGAAAUCCAUGUUUCAGCACUAAUUUCUUUACUUUUUUUUUUUACAGCCUGUUAGGGUCUGUGUGGUUUGUUGCGCUUGCAGCACAUAUUUCUGUACAAAACCAGCACUCAGCGUUGUAAUCACAGGAAAUCUGUGACUCCAUCAGCUGCGCUCUGUUGAAAAUAGUUCAACAUUUGGAACACCAGCGCGCAUGUCAUUGUCACUUAUCCCUCAUCCACCAAUCAAAACCAAGAAGGGGCGGGACUACUGAUAUUGACUUUGUCUAAAACAAUGGUGAGGAGAAAGUGAUCUGCCUGGAGGGUUUCGUUUUCAGUUCUAACACUUCUGCCAAUGUCAGGAAAGUAAUCACAUUUUCUCAUGGUUUUUUUUUAGAUAUUUUUCUUGAAUAAAAGCAAAUAACACAAUCAGAGACCUGAUCGUCACUACUGAGGAAAGCGGUAGCUCCCCUAGACAACUUAUUGUAACCUAGCAACAGUAAGCACCAAUGAGAACCACUCUGAGAUUGAGUUUGAGGGAGCUGCCAGCGCACAAGAAACCUUAAGCCGACACAGGACCAACCAGUCUGACAGAUAUACAGUAUGUUGAUAUGACAGACUGUAUAAGAAAUGGACGUAGAAACCAAAAUGACAACCAUUCGCUUGUGGACGGUCGUUUUAAAACCUUGAGUUUGUCCUCAACUUGUUAUUUUUGGUUGCAGCAGUGACCAUUAAUGAGAGGGUUGAUAACAGACAUCUUGACUAUUUCCUGGUCGUCAGGCUGCUGUUGAUGCGACUUGUCCACCACAAGAAGCCCCGCGUCAAUUUAUUAAUCGUGGUCAGUUUGACUCUAAAUUGGACCAAAAUGAUCAUCAUGUUAUAUAAAGAGAAACCAGAGGAAUUCAUUUAGACAUUGUGGAAAAUGUUUACUGAGGUAGAAGUAGAUCUCGUAGACUUUUUACCAAAAGUCCCUUGACCUCUAACCUUUAAGGAAGAAGGCGGUUCAGAUCCAAGAGGCCACAUCCCUCCUUAUAGUCUUUGCUUCACCAAGUAUUCAACUCUGCAGUGAUAAGUGCGUACUCGUCCAUCAAUAAGUAACUCGGAGUCUCAGAACAGACGGGCCAAAAGAUUUAUCGAGUGAGAAUUAAGAAACUGUGUCGCCAUUAUGGAGUCAUGUACAGUAGUUGCAAAAAAAUCACGAGCAAGUUCAUUUUUUAACUAAGACAUUUCCUGCUUGGUAAAUGAUCUCGACCACAGUUCUUUCAAAGGCAUGUUGAAGUUUACGUAUUGAACUCUUGGGCCCUGAAACACAGGCGUCAGUAUUCUCUAUGAUGUUAAAAUGGUGAAAAAAGAAAAGUUACAGGUUAACGGGUAGGACCAGUUUAAAUGUUUGUGGUUUUAUUUUGAAGAGUUACGUCGUCAAAAUCAGCUUUUAAUGCUGGGGUCACGGCUUCAUUACAUUUCUAGCAAAAACAAACAAUAUCGAUACCAUGGCAACAAUAAUCACUAUCUGCUGCAGACCAUAUUGGGUAAUUUCCUGUUUCAUUGCCAGGAAGCUCGUAGAAAUUGCACAAAUGCGUUGGCAACAUUUGGGUAUAGAACUUCUGCAGUUGGUUAGUUUAUUUGUGUCUUUGUGUGUUAAUUCAGUGCCGACUCAAUAUUUGUGUAUCAGUCAAUAACAUGUACAAAGUGACUGAUGGAGACAAUGGUGGUCUUUUGCAGAGAUUUGGAGGAGUCUGGUGGGUUUCAGGAGAGGGAUUGAGCAGCUGUUUCUGCUUUUAAAACGUCUCAAUCUUUAACUUGAACGUUCAGUCUUUGUCAGUGUCCUCUCUGUAAUAUUGUGAGACGCUCAGAAUGACAAUCUGAGCCUGUCAGUCUUUAAGUGGACUACUUUUCAGUCUACUGGCGCAGUCCCAGAAACCUUUUGAACCUAUUAGUCAUCAAGACCUAAACGAUGUUAAAAAAAAAAAAGAGGGGGGGGGGCUGAUGUUUGAACUGAUUGGCAUUAGAUCCCCACGUCACAUGCACAGAGCUUCCCAGUCCCUCAAACAGACAUCACCUGCUCCUCCAUGACGGGUAUUUUUUAAAUUUUUCUUAAUGGUAACCUCACAUUUGUCUCAAAGGCUGAACUCUUACUGCAGCGGUGACUCAUUUUCUUUUUCCUGCUCCUUUUUUUUUUUUUUCUUUCUCCCGAGCCGAGCUGAGCUGUGGGUGCAGAGCUAUUUAAAUGUAAAUGAAGUUAUUGAGUUGGCUGUUAUUUCACAGCAGGAGCUCUUAAAUCAGGAGAAUGUGUGGAGUUUACCUAAGCUGGAACAUGUCCUAGAUUCAUAUUCUUUGCCUCAUUACUGUGUCGGAGACUGCUGGGUAAUUUGACCUUUUUUUUUUUAUAUAUUUUUUUUUAAUGCAAGCUAACUCUAAAUGAUAUUUUAGAUUUCUAUAGCUGUAAAUCAAAACACCUUGAAGAGGCUGAACCCAGCAGUGAUCUUCACAUGUACAGCGUGUUUCAAAACCCUCAAGUUUCUUCUCUCUCUGCGUCACAGAGCCUCAUUGUUGUCCAGAUACUAUUGACUCUGCAUUUCUGCUAACGUGACACUAGAGCCUGACUGAUUAUUCAACGGCCGAUAAUAAUGGCCGAUAUUAGCUUAUCCAGUGACUAUCAAUGUAGUCUACUUUUAUCUCAGAUAUGCACCGAUAUACCUUGAUUUAUUCUCCAGUCAAAUAGCAUUUCAUUUGAGUGUCAUUGUGUUACACUAGCAGUUCUCUUUCACCAGCAGAGGGCGCUUUAUGGAGUACAACACUCAUCAUCACCCUCCAGAGUGUCAAGCAGUGAUGCACAUACAUGGGUAGUUACUGUCAAGUUGAGUGACCAUCUUGUCUUUGUUAAAUAUCUUUUCCACAAGUGUUUGAUAACUGCAUUUGAGGGCUCAAUGUAAUGAAUGUGUACAUCUAUAUAGAUCAAACAUAGAUCUAAGAAAGACGUCAGCCGAUAUGUCUGUAUAUGAUUUUUUUCUAGCGGUAUCAGUCCCAAAAAUCGUAUAUCGGUCGGGCCCUAGUGAACACUCACAAGCGCGCAAAAUCUAUGUUAAUUUGUGGCUGCAAAUUGUUCCCAAAUGCACUUUUACUUCCAUUGGAGCCACAAUUUGAUUGAAAAAGCUCUCUGGAAAUGUAUUGUAAGUGUUUUAACACUUUCUUUAAGAAGAUCCAUAACUGGGUUUGGGCUCAGCAAACAGAGAAGAAAUUCUGUACAUUUUGAGAGGUGGACUUAUUUGUCAUCUUCAUUUGGUUUUCUAGGGGCUGCGCGGUGCUGCAGUGGUUAGCGCUGUUGCAUCACAGCGAGGAGGUUCCUGGUUUGAAUCCCCGUCUGACAGGAGCCUCUCUGUGUGGAGUCUGCAUGUUCUCUCCGUGCAUACAUGGGUUCUCUCCGGCUUCCUCCCACAGUCCACAGACAUGCUCCUUAGGUUAACUGGUGACUCUAAAUUGUCCGUAGUUGUGAAUGUGAUACCCGUGAUAGGAUGUCAAAAUGCUCCUCCCUGCGUUCAUGUGCUCCAUCCUCUCAGAUUCUGCUCUCCUUCUAAAUUCUUCGAGCUUGCUUUUUCUCCAAGAUCUUGUAGGGCAAUGAGACUUAUGUGCACCCAAAAUGUCAAAAAUCUUUUACCCAUAAUUUGCUAAUCAAAGAAAGAGGGGGGGGGGGGCGUGGCAAAGAGGAAACACAAUGGCACAGAUACAGAUACUGACAGGAUUUCUGUGAUUGGUAGCUGAAUUCUAACAUAGUGAAUCAAACUUGCAGAUUUUUAAAGUUUGAGAUCACAGACCACCUGGACUAUCAUUUCAAAAAGAGUAAAAAUCCCAAGUUAUGGUUCUCUUUUCCACUCAGGGCUUUAGAGGAAAACGUUUAAUGGCAUCUUUUCAACAUUCACAGUCGGUCACCUCCACUACAAAGACUUGUUCCUUGCACUAUUUCCACUACAUGUUCACUGAUGGCUCAGGUUCCGAUGAGCCGCUUUAUCGAAGGUGAUGCUGCACCGGGCCGUUUAUCUGACACCCGAGGGGAGGUGUAAGCAUGAGUAAAGUAUUUUAAAACAAAAAGAUAUCAUCUUAAAGAGCCGAGCAGGCCUCUAAGAUAUUUCCAACCAAACUAGGACCCACAGCGUCAGUGGAAUCAGCCGGUUGAAUGUAACUGUUAGAUUUGGUUUUCUGCGAGAGGCUUUGUUCUGCAUGUGCAACCAAAUGUUCCACUUUGUUCCCAGGUGGAGUGUUUUGGUGUAAAUAUCUGAAAGGAAAAUAUGGCAUUCAUAGUUUUUUGUUCCCAGGUGUGGGACUAUUUUUAUGUAAAGUGGGAGGGAGGAGGGGGGGGGGGGGUUGUUUACUUCAUGCCACAAAUUGUAAAUAGUUUUGUAAGAUACAUUGGAAGAAAAAAAAACUAUAACGGACUCGUGAAAUGUAAAGUAUUUUGUGUCACUGAAAUUUUUCUAGCUUUUGUAAUAAAUAAAAAAAGAUAUUGGAGGACAAAGAGGCGUUGAGCCGGCGCUCUGGGUGUAGUGAUGGCAUGCUGAGUCUGAUAUUGUUGAGCUGUUUUGUUGUGUUGUUACUUUGUUGUUGCAAAUAACAAAGUUUGGAGAUGUAUUAAAAGUGCGGAUACUUUAAAACUGCAAA